UUCCAACUGUUCCCUUCUCCUAUAAUUCCUUCCCCUUCUGUUUCUCUCCGGCACAUGACCACAGAUGUUGCGCCGACUAAACCAAACUUUCCAACUUUCAUGUACCCUCAGGCCCAGUACGGUACAUGAAAUCCCUCCACAUCGCUGGCAACCUCCUCACACCAGUGGUCAACGGAGUGGAGUGGACGCGCCUUCUGGACCGUCAUUCACCAAACACCCCAGUCCUCUCCAGCUUCUCCUUCACAUCAGGCUUUGUCUCGCAUGAAGUCAUUUCCGACGAUGUGAACGGGCUGGAUCUUAGCGAGGAUGUUGUACUGGUCAACACAACACAAACCAUUUACGGUCACAUAACAUUCAAGAGCGACGUGACUGUGACGGGUCCCGAGGGUGUGCUGAUGGACGAGGGUGUCACCGUCAACAAUGUGGAUAUCUCUCGCCUCCUUGACAACGCUCAAGGCACUGGCAAGUUGAUGGUGUCCGAGCCUGUCACCUUCAACGACCCCCUCACGUGUUCCGGGGACAUCAAUGCCGUGAACAUCAAUGGUCUACCGAUGGAGGGGAUUGAAAAACGUUACUGGAGGAAGUCUGUCCCCCAAGUGAUCGAUGUCCCUGUCAAACUCGGCCACGUGGAGUUCAUGGAGGCAGUAACAUCCGAUACCCUCAAUGGCCUGCAGAUGACCGAUUUCCUCACCUACGACACCCCGCAGCAGAUAACAGGGACGUAUGAGUUCAGGAGGCCUGUGAAGCUGACUGAUGACCUUCAAUUGGGCGUUGGCACCACAGUGAAUGGGGUGAAUGUUGUGGCCCUCGGCAAGAAUACAGUGACCCUACACGGAGACCAGACCAUUGACGGCACGAUGGAGGGAAGCCAAGUCACCGUGGGCACCUUGGAUCUGUCAGGCACACUCAAUGGGGUAGACCCUCGCACCGGGUACCUCCGCCUGGACCGCACCGUGCAACACACUGAUAAACUGACCUUCCUGGGCAAGACCGUGGCCACACAGAUGACCCUUGCCGGCAACCUUAGGGUAGAGACACUUAAUGGGCUGAGGGUGGAGGACGCCGCACGAGGAUUGGUGUUACAGGACCAGGACGCAACCAUCCAUGGCUCCCACACACUCCACCUGACGGCCAACACCACAGUGGUCAGUCUGGACGUCAGUGGUGCCCUGGAUGGAGUGAAUGUUAAGAAAUUGAUGUCCAGUGCCCUGCUCAAGACGCCCUCCCAUGGAACCCUACAGGAGGUGACUGGGCAUUUGCACGUCACUGGCGCUGUACAUUUCGCCAACUCUCUCAACCUCAACUCUGCUAACGGCAAGGAUUUCACAAGCCACCUGCAAAACGUGGUGUCCAGGGGUUACAGUGGGCUCAUAACAGGCAAGAAGACAUUUUUAAAGACCGUCAACGUGCUCGGGAACUUGGACGCUACCAGCAUCAAUGGUGUCGACCUUCGUGAAUUCGCAAGUCAAGUAUUUACGAAGACGAGUGACCAAGAGAUUAAUGCUCAUUACAACUUCGCCUCGUCAAUCACUAUCGAGCACCUCUCUACCCCGACCAUCAACAACAUCACUAUAAGUCAGGUGUUGCUGGUGGACACUCCGGGACACCUCACUGGGACUACAACCUUCCUUGCUCCGCUCACUGUCAGGGGCCACCUCAAGUCGGCCUCCACCAAGCUAGCAGGGUGUGACUUGAGCACAUUGACUGACAUGAGCCUGGAGCGAGGAAGUGAUGGUAGCCUGCAUGUCUACGGUCCUCUGCGGGUGGAGAAUUUGUACGUGAAUGGGACGCUGAACUCACCCGGCGGCGUGUGGGUUGGCAACUCUGUGAACCUCGACACAUUCCUUGGCUCCCUCGUCCUCAAGUCCAAACCUCAGAAAAUCUAUGGAAGUGUGGAGUUCCUGUCCCAUGUAACAGUUCAACUCAUGUACGCCAAAACCAUCAACAAUGUGGAUGUCUCCCAAAUGUUUAUGCAGAGUCUUCAGUACGACGAGGUUGAGACCAUCAGAUGUAACCUCAAGUUUGAGCAUCCCAUCACCGUGGAGCGUCUCGUGGUUAGAGGCCCUGUGGAUGGCUCCUCAGGGCAGGGCCUCCUCGUGGGCGGGGUAAACGUGUCUCUGUUGGAUGCAGAGGCGGUGCGGGACCAGGGCGGCGACAUCAUCGUCACUGGACACAAGAUCUUUGCCAAUGGCCUUACCUCACAUAACCUGAUUAUUAACGACCUGGUGGAUGGUGUGCCAGUGAGUGAUUUGGUGACCCUCAGUGGUGGCCGCAUCGUGGAGGCCGCAACCUUCAUGGAGCCUAUCACCGUGUCUGGAGACCUCAAGGUGAACGGCCUUGUUGACGGGGUAGACCUCGACCAUGUGUUCACCUCCCGCAUCAACCUCCUGAACCCCCGAGAAGUGGGCGGCAAGUGCUCCUUCCAUGCCCUCAGAGUGCUCGGCAAUUUGGAUGUUGAGGUGAUCAACGAUGUGGCGUUAACAGACCUGGUGGUGCGGGAAGGUCGGCCCCUGCAGGUUAUCGAGGGUCCAAAGACGUUCGCUGGCGGCCUGGUGGUGAACGGGGCCAUCAAGACCUCACUGCUCAAUGGCGUGGAUGUGGUGGCCAUGAACCGUUCCCUUCUGCGUCUGGAUAAGCCCAUCAUCAUAACAAACAGUGUGAGGUUCGCCAGCGUCGUGGUUGCCGAGAGAGCAGUGGGUGGCGGGGUUCAGGGUCAUGAUGCUCGCAAUCUCUCCUACCACCUGAACCAGCUAAUCACCACAAGCACUGCACAGUACAAGACCCUCCUCGACCUGCAUCGCUCCAUACACACUCGCGUCGAAGCCAACCUUGCCACGGCGAACGAUAUGUUUGUUAAGCUUCACUCCCUGGCCUGGAAUCACACCCAUCCCCUCCCGGCUAGAUUCUUGCGCCACAAACUCUCCACAUACGUGUCUGAGGAUGUUGGCGCGCUGCUGGUGUUGAAGGAGUGUGACCUCGGCUGUGUCUGUCCCACCCGCACCUCCCUCUACAAGGUCUGGGAGGAUGGUACCCGCGCUCCCGACCUCUUCUUCAACUCCUCCGGGUCUGUGUUCUUCCUCUCGGCAGCCUCCCUCGACUUGGUGGUGUGGCUGAAAGUCAAUUGUGGCGUCGGCGAGAGUGGGGGAACACUGAUGGUACGGGGCGCAGCUGGCGAGCAGACCUUCCCAACGGAAAUGUGGUCUUUGGGCAUGGUCGCGGAUGCCGGCAUCUUCGUGGACAACAAUAGCGCGUACAUAGUGACUGUGGGGAGGCUACAGGAAGCCAGCAACGUUACACAGGCAUGGGUGGUGGUACUGCGGGUGAGCUUCGACCAUCGGCGGGUGGAGCGCGUCUGGGGUGACUCCUCGACCCGCAGUGCUGCCAAACUGGACCUCAUGCAGGUCGGCUCUGUGUGGUACCUUUUAGUGGUUUUCGAGGUUGACCCGCACAGGACAGACAGGUUUUCGACUUCUGCAACCUUGUUCGUGUGGUCCAACCAGGAGGAGGUGUUCACUUUGCAGAGGAAAUACAGCGGCCACCAUGUUUCGUCGGCCAUGUUCAUGAGGGUACAACAUCCCAGCGAGGAGCACUUCUUCGUCCUGGCGCAGCGCAGGGCUUCCAACCUCCAUGCUGACACACGAGUCAUGGUGUUCAGGCAUGACGAGAACACAGGUAUGUUUGAGGAGUUCCAGGUGUUGCCAAUCAGUGAUGUGGUUUCCCAGGCGAGCUUGGAGGUGGGUUCAAGCCCCUAUCUUCUGCUCCUGUCUGAAGAGGAGCACUUUAACGUAUACAGAUAUAUUCCCCUUGAGGGAUUCAGGCUGCAACAGAGUGUGGGCGUGCGGGGUCCCGUGUCCUUGGCCGUGGUGGAGGGCGAGAGUGGCGGCCAGCAGGUGUGGGUGUCUACCGAGGCGCCGGCCAGGUUAAAGGUCUUCAGCGUCAGGCACAAAGGCAUAGACCCCACAAAACUGUAUUAGCUAGGCUUGGGCUAAAGUCUCGUGCCGUGUAUAAGUCCCUGAGUGAAGGGUUGUAGGUGUGAUCAUUGUGGGAAGGAGUAGACUUGAAGCAGAUGGUCCCAGCUGUUUUUGUGUUUUUGUUGUUGUUAUUGGUGUGACAUUGAGCCGGUUUCACAGUCCAACACAGUCUUCGUAACAGCCCGAACCAAACUACAGAAUCCCGUACAAUUCUAAACGGUGAGGUCUUCGAUGCCGUACUAAAUACACAAGACUUUUCUGGUAUAGUUUCGUGAAAUUUGUGAACUUAAAUACAAACACCAGACACUAGACAAGGAAAUUUCGGAGGCUCUGGUAUUGGUUUGGGAGCUUACUAACCCAUCAUGGGGAACUGUGGAACUGGAACAUAGUCUUAGUGAUUGUAGUUUGAGUGGACCAAAUGUGUACAAGACUUCAAAUAUUCGGUAAAAUUUUAUUAGUAUAGAUAUUAAUUAAUGAAACUUUUUAAAAUGACGGUAAUCACUGGGGAAUAGCAAGUCUCUCUUUAUCAUUGACGCUAAAAUCCUAGUUUAUAGAUCGUUGUUGCUUCCUCUGCAAGGGUUUUUACCGAACAUGUGGAUUCGUAAUUUUUUGUGCAUAUAAAUUCGGCCCUCAAAUAGCACUGUUUCGGUUUUACACGGAUUGUCGUAGAAGAUAUUUUAGGAUUUCCUGCUUGUCGGGAAAUCUGAAAAUCUUAAAAAAUCAUCUUAGAAAAUCCAUAAAACCAAAAACCGUACUAUUUGAGGGACGGCUAUAUUGUCGAGGCUCGGUGAGGUUUUGUAUCAGCGAAGUCCUCGAUCUCUACUGUGAACAAAACAAUGUAAGAGAUGCUUAAUACAUGGUUCAUUGUUA